AUGGCUAGGAAUGGACAAGUUGGAGGUACUGUUUUUCUUGAUUUUUAGGAUUUUUUUUAAAAUUUAUUGGACCUUGAAAUUUCACGUCUUUUCCUCAGAUUUUGAGCUGAGCUACGAGAAAAAUGAGCUGGAGCAGCCUCACGAGCUCCAAAACGGCUAUGAGCUGACCUACGAGCUUCCAAAUCAAGAUGAGCCCGACGAGGAUGCCGAUCGGGACCCCUGUGACGUCAUGGCUCUUCCGGUUUGCCGCAGCGGCAGGAAAGGCCACAAGUUCCGGUCCUGUUUCAAAAGUCGGUCUUUCAUCGGAUUACUGUAGGAUCGUGGCGGGAUCAUUUAGUCGGGUUCUGAGAUUCUGAGAUUUUUUAAAGAUCUUUUUUGUUCGAAAAUCGGCUUCGUCCAGUGUCGGCUUUAUACCUCUUUAUUUUUUUUUUAAAUUCGAGCGGCCACUUAAGAGGUUCUGACGGACUACUUGGAGAGGACACUGUAGCCAUUUGAAUAGAGGUCAUUAUUCUUCGUCUAAGUGACCACUAAAGUAGUUUUGAGUGAUCUAGUAGUACCACUAAGACUUCUAAAGGGGCUACUAAAUUUUAGCCACUUAAGUGGCCACUAAAACCACCUCUAUUAAAGCCACUAUUCUACGUCUUAGUGGUCUAGUAGUACUACUAAGGCUUCUAAAGGGGUCACCAAGUUUUAGCCACUUAAGAGGCUACUAGUUUGAAUAUUAUAGUGGACUCUAAAACGUCAGAACCCUCAAAUGACCACUAAAGUUUCCAGUAGAAUCGUGAUGGGACCCUUAUUCUUGAUCCUCUAAACGCCGUAAUGAGAAAAAAAGGUGAAAUAUAGGGUUUUAGUCAGUUUUUUCAGUCAUUAAUGCUCUUGAAUAUUAUUGAGGUUCAGAAAAAAUGGAAGAUUUCAGGCGCCAUGGACGGAUUCGAAGGCUCCGACCUGGAGGCGGUCUUCAACCAAAUCCGAAAGUUUGCCAGGAAAGGAAGAGGUGAUUUUGAGCCUCGGUUGGCUUGAAAAUUGAGCUCCCAACCUUUGGCGAGGGCUGGCCCGACCAUAGGGAGGUCUCAAGCGAAAACGGGCCCGCCCGGCACAAAAACCAGAUUUUUUAAAUGGUAUAAGUCAUUUUUUCACUGAAAAAGGCUAUUUCCAUGAGAACUGCAGUAGUUUGAAGCCCUUCCCCUCGCGGUUACAGUAAUACUACAGUACUCCAAGUUAUUGUCGGGAUCCUCGAGAAAUCCCUUCAAAGUAGCACUUGAACCGGUUUUAGAUACUUGAAAACUCUGAAAAGGAAAGAAUAUUAGAGUGAGAACCAUAACUUGGAGUACUGUAGUAUUACUGUUACUUGGAGUACUGUAGGAAGGCGUUACAGGGGGCGGGGCUACAAACUACUAACUGCAAAAUUCAAAAAACUCUACAUUUAAUCCAUUUUCGAUAAAUCUAUAGUACAAUAUCUUAAUGUGGAAAUUUUUUAUUCAUACCCCGAGUUUUUUUUUUAUGAAGUUACGCAUUUUUUUCCUCAAGGAAACCUGAUCUCUGAAUCAUUUCAUAGGCGAAAAAUUACGAUUUUUCUUUGGUUCUUCUCGAAAAAAAUACUUGGAGAUUCUGAGAUCUAGAAAAACAUUUGAAUUCCAGGUCUGACCAACAUUUUCUCCUUUGGCGGCUUUGAUGAGCUGGAAAGCAAGCGAUUCCAUGACCGGAAACACCGAUUUCAUCGGAUCAAUCCGGUUCGAAAAAUCGAUUGAUCAAAAGACUGAUCCCUUUAAGGAUUCCGGCCGUGUUGUCGGCGCGAUCGCCGGCAACUUCCUUUUCCGGUUUGGUGGCCGGCAUAACCGGCUGAGCGACACCGGAAAGAUCGUCCUUGAUAACAUGAUGAGUGGUAAAUAUCGGAGAAAAGUUGGGAGAUUUGAGAGGGAUUUAUUGGAAAAGAACUUUUAGAUGCAUCGAUUUGAACCGGUUGUCAAGCCGGAGGACAAGGAGAAGCUGCAAAAGGUAUCGUCUUCUAUGAAUAUUCCUUGAAGCAUUUUUUUAGAUUUGGGUUUUAGAUCUUUAAACAAUCAGUCGGUUCCCAUUGUUUUUAGAAGGCUUUUGGACUCCAUUGUAAGCCAAAAGAAAAAAAUUUUAAAGUUCAUUUUUGGACCGAAGAUGUCACGGGCCAAGUAGGGGGUGUGUCAAUCAAUCAAAAUCUAUCAAUUUCUAUCGACUUUAUGAAGUUUAUAAGGCUCUCUUGUGUUUCUAGUUUAAUGCGUUUCCAGAAAAAUUUGAAAAUAAUUUUUUUCCCGUAGCUUUCUAGGAAGGUUUUUGGUUCCUUUUCUGGCCGUAAGUGUUACGGGCAACGAGGAAAAGUUUCAAUAAUUCCAUUUCCUUUGUUUGAGGGGUUUUUUUAGACUAUAUUGGGUUUCUAAUGAAGACCGAUUCUAGAAUGAAAAGGAUAGUUUGUAUUGAUUUUUAUGCCCUUUUAUGAAACUUUAUAUCGUUAUAUUUUACUAGAAAACAAAGCUACUCAUGAUAGAGGCACGCACGGGGCGACCCGACCCGUGAAGCGGUCAUUUUGACAAAAGAGCAUUUUUUUUUUCUUGACUCUAUCCCUAGUUUCCUACAUUUUUUACAUUUUCAACUUUGCGCGUUGGCCCGGGACGCCUCGUUGGAAACUUUGGUAGAAAGUAUUAUUUUUGAAGUCCAAGAUUCAUUAUUUACCAUUUUGUAGGAACGAUCAAAUAGCUUGUUUCCGAUCUUUCUGGCCUUUUUUGCUUUAUUGUCUGCCUAGUCUGACCUUCUUUUUACCUUACUAUAAUCCUAAUUUUUUUUUCUCUGAAAAAGAAGAUUGUAUAAUCCAGGUGAAGCCGCCGAGGCCGCCACCGCCGACGCCGAUCGCCGUGCCGGAUCUGAGCGAUUUCGAACGGCAAAGGAAGAGAUGUCUGGCCGAGAAGAGCUUGUUUGAGGUUGAACUUUUUGUUCUUUCGAAAAAAGCGAAUCGGAAUCACUUUCUCUGUUAGGAACCUUAAGAAUAGCUGUUUUGGGAACAUUUCAAGAUUUUUUUGGAGCGAUUUUUAGGACUUAUAAAAAAUAGUUCACAGAGUAAAAUCAAAAAAAGUGGAAACUUAACAUGUAGUCUAACAAGAAGGGAAAUUGAUAAUGUUUUUCAAAAAAGGAAAUAAAUGGGCGGAAAAAUUACAAUACACGGGUUGACAGUUACCCAAAAAUAGGGUUAAUUCGAAAAAUUAUUCAAUUUUUUAUGAAUGGUUUCUGAGAGAAUUUGCAAUCUAAAUAUGUAGUAAGUUUAUUGCAAAAAGGAAUAGCUUAAUAAGAAAAACACUUUCUCUGUCAGGAAAUUUGAGAACAGCUGUUUUUAGUAAAAUUCAAGAUUUUUUUGGAGCGAUUUUUUUACGACUAAUACUUAAUAAUUUACGGAGUAAAAUCAACGAAAGUGGAAGCUUCUUGGUUCAAAAUUACAUGUGGAAAGUUUAACAAGAAGGAAAUUUGAUAAUGUUUUUUUCAAAAAAAGGGAAUAAAUGGGCGGAAAAAAAUAACAAUACACGGGUUAACAGGUACCCAAAAAUAGGGUAAAUUCGAAAAGUUAUUCAAUUUUUUCCGAAUGCUUUCUAAGAGACUUUGGUUUUUAAAUAUGUAGUAAGUUUAUUCCAAAAAGGAAUAGCUUAAUAAUAAAAAAACACCUUCUCUGUUAGGAAAUUUGAGAAAAGCUGUUUUGAGUAAAAUUCAAGAUUUUUGGAGCGAUUUUAAUGACUAAAAUUCAAUAAUUUACAGAAUGAAAUUAAAAAAUUUAAAGCUUCUCGGUUUAAAGUAACACAUAGAAAGUCUAAAAAGAAGGAAAAUUGACAAUUUUUCUCAAAAAAAGGGAAUAAAUGGGCGGAAAAAUAACAGUACACACGGGUUGACAGGUACCCAAAAAUAUGGUAAAUUCGAAAAGUUAUUCGAUUUUUUCCGAAUGGUUUUUGAGAGACUUUGGAUUCUAAAUAUGUAGUAAGUUCAUUCCAAAAAGGAAUAGCUCAAUAAAAAAGUCAUUAGAAGAAUUUCCAGCAGUUUUGAGCCAAUUUUUUGAAAUUUAGGGUCUUUUAACAAUAUUCUACAGCUGGUAAGUUUCACCGAUCGUGUUCCUAGAAUUUCCACCGAAAAAACUCCUAUUUUCUUUCGGUUUUUCUGACCCCUUAAGUUUCGCUAGCUAGCACUAGAUACUUUUCACGAUUUUAAAGCACUGGACGUUUUUUUUAAACUGAGCUAAAAAUGAGUUAAUUUUUAGGACCCCGACUUUCCAGCCAACAAUAAAAGCCUGUUCAACAGCAGGCCGACCAGGAAUAUUAUUUGGAAACGUCCUGGGGUAUUUCUGAAGAAAGAGAGAUUAAUUUUCAAGCAGGAAGCUACAGGAAAUUGUGCCGGAUCCUCAAUUGAUAGUUGGCGAUAAAUCGAGAUUCGACGUGAAACAGGGAUUGUUGGGAAAUUGCUGGCUGCUGGCCGCGAUCGCCAAUUUGACGCUUCAUGACGAAUUAUUCUAUCGAGUCGUGCCCCCGGAUCAGUCUUUCACUGAUAAUUAUGCGGGUUAGAGAAUUUUCAAGCUUCAGGAGUGAAAAGAAAAAGAAAAAGCAGCUCUUCAAAGUAUAAAUGACAGCCUUUGAAAAGCUGGAGACUAUCCUCCAGGAAAAGUUUUUGAAUGCUUUCAAAGUCCGUCCGCAGUGACUUUAGUUUCGCGUGUCUGCGUCUCUCUGUUCCCUCACCAGGUCACAGAAACGCAAAAAUAGCGCGUCAACAAGAGUGGGUAUUAGAGAGACGAGGAGGGCGCAGAGAAGUCCCGAAAAACGGACUAUACAAACGAAAAAUAGCUUGAGAGGAGCUAUAAAUAGUAGAAAAUAAAUCCUUCCGUCUUGCUGUAACCGUACUCAACAGAUAUCCAAUGCAAAUCUCAGAUUAUUUUAUAGCGAACCAAUUUUUUGAAGUCUUUUGCAGACAAAAAUAGCCUCGAGUAGGGCCUUAUAUGGGAUUUUGUUUUGAAAAUCGGUCGGGACGUACUAAAUAAGGAUAAUGGAAUUCUAAAUGUGCAAAUCUUUCUGUUGAGAAAAGUCUCAAAAAGACCUACAGUACCGCUCAAAAGUCUAUUAACUUUUGGUUUUUUGGGGAUAUCUCAGCGAGUACUUAUCCGAUUUAUAUAUAACUUUCAGGGAUAAUGUAAAAUAUACUUUGAAACAUAUACGGUAUACAAAGACAUGUCCGCAAUGACUGUGACGCGUUUUUAGGCAUUUUUUUAUUGAAUUCCAUUUUUGUUUUUUUAUGCUUUUAUUUUUUUAUUUAUUUUUUUAUUAAAUUUUUUUAAAAUUAAUAAUGUUGCCAUAUGAUUUUUUUCAUGUUUUUCAGACAUGGGAAGAAUCUCUGGAAAAAGGAUUUGACUGAUAACGACAAAAGAGCCAUCGUUGUGGUCGUCAAAAAUGGACUGACCAUGAUGACGUUGGCAGGAAUGUUCGGCGUGACAGAGGCGGUCAUUUCUCAGUUCCUAAAGCGUCAGAAAGCUCAAGAUGGCUCUACUAACAGCCAACGCACUGGAAGACCACGUGUCACUGAUCGUAAUGACGAUAGGAACAUUUUGAAGACGUCUAGAACCAAUCCAAGACUCACCGCCCCUGCGAUCAGACGGGAAGUUUUCUUGAAUUCGCCAGCUCCGCCAUCCGUCUCGACCGUGAAACGACGUCUGAAUGCUGCUGGAAUCAUGGGAAGACGUCCAGUGAAGAAACCGCUGAUUUCUGAAAAGAAUCGAGUCGCCAGGGUGAAGUGGGCGAAGGAGCAUCUCAACUGGACCCGUCAAGACUGGAACAAGAUUCUGUCGUCCGACGAAAUCAAGUUCCUCCUCUUCGGAAGUGACGGAAUUCAAUGA